GCUUCCAGAGCGUUCCACACCCUUCGUCCCCGCGGCCCGCACGCUACUUCCCCGAGACUCCACGCGAUCACACACACAGCCGGAAGACAUCACAGCCUCUCGCCUGCCGCAACCUCGCACAGCCGAUCGGCGGAUCCCUCGACCGCGCGCCACCGUCCAGCGCAGCGCUCCGGAGGUCCGGACUCUCCCCCGGCGCGGCUCCGCCCCUCUCGACCGUCGUCUCCCCACGGCGACCGCGAUGUCGACGCAGUCCAUUUCGCCGGCCGCUGCGUCCGCGCAGUUCACCUACCCCGCCGCGGCGGCGGCCGCGGCCGCGACCCCGUCCUACUUCCCCGUGCCCUUCCACCUCCAGAACCCGCAGUACGCCGCGUGGCCAGCGGUGGCGCCGCUGCUCGCGUACAACGCCGUCUACCCCAUGCCCCAGGUCCAGCAGGCACAGCAGUUGUUCCAGAAUGACUCAAAGAUAAUCACUCCUGAGGCUCUAGCUACUGUUAAGGCUGCUAUUGCAAACAGUGAGAAAGACAAGAAGGUUGAAGUAACAAAGAAGGCAGUGCCUCGAAAGGCAGCUGGGCAAAGUUGGGAGGACCCAACCUUGGCCGAUUGGCCUGAAAAUGAUUUCCGUUUGUUCUGUGGUGAUCUUGGAAAUGAAGUGAAUGACGAUGUUCUUACAAAGGCAUUCUCAAAAUAUCCAUCCUUUAACAUGGCUAGGGUUAUAAGGGAUAAAUGGACUGGUAAAACUAAAGGAUACGGUUUUGUUAGUUUUGCAAAUGCGUCUGAUCUUGCUGCUGCCUUGAAAGAGAUGAACGGUAAAUACGUCGGAAACCGGCCAAUCAAAUUACGGAAGAGCACAUGGAAGAACAGGAUAGACUUUGAAGCUUUGGAGAAGGGGAAGACUCAACCACAGAAGAAAAUCAAACCGCAGAAAAGAAGCGUCCUUCACAAGUGAAACUGAUAAAUUCUGCAUGUUCAUCGUCUGAGAAGGUUGUCUGAAGUUUGACAGUUCCAUUCUAUCCUGCCUGUUGCAGGCCAUGUGCUACGUUUGUGGAUUGGAAGUCUGGAGGAGUAAUUAGCAUGCACAUCAUUCCAACCUUUUAUGGAAUUGUAGUUGUAAAUACUCUAGUGACUAGUGGUCUUAUGGUGAACCAUUCUGUGAUUGAAUGAGAUCCAUGUAUAACACUCGAAGAUUUGUGGAAGUUAUUGAUGUCUCGCUGUUUGUGGCUAA